AUGUCAGACGUGGAAAUGGUCGAGGGCCAGGGGUACUCGGACUCGGACGAGUCCACGGGAUACGACCACGUGCACCCUGCCUCCUACUCGGGCAUUGGCAUUCCCGCCCACACACACGACCACGCCCAGGCCCAGGGAGCCACGCCGUCCAACUCGGCGUUUUUUAGCCCCUCCAGCUCCACCCGCCAGACCGGAAUGGGCGCUUACAACGAGCCCAGCUCGGUGAGCAGCUCGUACAAGAGCGGCGUGGCGUCGAGCGCCUUUGCAGGCUCAUUUUCGGCCAACAGCUUCACCAACACAAACACAAACACAAACGCCGGCUCGUUCACAAACUCGUUUGCAGCGUCGUCAGGUGGACCGAACGCAAACCCCACGGCGCCGUCAGUUUCUGGAACGGGUGCUUCCGUGCAGACGGGCUUCUUCCCGUCAUCACUCACGUCGUCCAUCCAGCAACAACGCACGUCGUCGUACCAGUCGUUUGUGCAGCCCCCUACCGUCCAGGGGUCGCGGCUGACGUCGUUCGCCACCCAGACGUUCGAGCCGGACCAUUCGCCCGAGGGCCAGGCCCACUCGCCCAACAUUGACGCGCCGGCCCACUGGCGCUCGUCGUCGUUCGGCGAGGCCGUCGAGUUCCAGCCGUCGGUGCGUACGUCGAACCUGACAUCCAAGCUUGCGGGCAGCAACUCCAAUUCUGCCAGCGCUAGCAAGGCCGGCAGUGCGUCCGGAUCCGUGGACAGCACCGUGGCGCCACCGUCGUCUUCGUUCGGCGGCUUUUCGGACUACGGCUCGUCCGACACGGCCGCGGCGUCGUACAGUGGCUACACCACAGCCCCGUCGUCGCGGCGGGACUCGACCGGCGAGAAGUCGCUGUUUGCACGGCGCAAGCCCUCGUCUGGGCGCAUGCAGCAGAUUGAUGAUGUCAAGGGCAAGGGAGUUGGAGAGGAGGAAGAUGAAGAUGACCAUGACGAUAAGAAGGUCAAGGUCGGAGAGGUUUCCGAGCAGGUGGAGGUAAAGGAGGAGGGUGAUGAGGUUGAUGUGGUUAAGAAAGAGACUGCUGUUGUUGAGGGCGGUGAUAAGACCGAGGCCACUGCUCCUACUGACCCCACUUCGGGCCCCGAACAUGUCAUGGACAGUAUAGGCAACGUAUCUGUGCCCGUGUCCGAAACCGAAGACGAUGUGCAUCUGGACAUUGCCAACUACCCCGUCAAUGACCUGCUGCUUAUGCUCACCGCUCUCCUGCAGAAGAUCAUUGAGGCCAAUGACUCACUCCACCCGCACCACUACCAUCACGCGUCUCAGAAUUAUGUGUCCAACAAGUUCACCGCCAACGUGCUGGCGUUUCACGGACGAAACAUCCCAGCCAUCUCGCUGCAUUCGUACCUGCUGCGAAUCCUCAAGUACUGUCCCACUACAAACGAGGUCUUUCUGUCGCUGCUAGUGUACUUUGACCGCAUUGCCAAGCGGGCCAAUGCCGGCGAAUUUACCGGCGCGCAUGCUGCUGCGUCUAACGACGGCACCAGCAGCACCGCGUCGUCGCUGCUGGCCAAGCAGGUGCCGCCGCCGUCCGACAUUCCGGCGACCCAGCUGUUUGUUAUGGACAGCUAUAACAUUCACCGGCUCAUUAUUGCAGGCAUCACCGUGAGCUCCAAGUUCUUUUCAGACGUGUUUUACAAGAACUCGCGGUAUGCCAAGGUUGGCGGUUUGCCUGUGGAGGAACUGAAUCAUUUGGAACUGCAGUUUCUGCUGCUGACCGAUUUCCACCUUAUGAUUCCUCUGGAGGUUCUGCAGCGGUAUGGAAAUUUGCUGUUGCGAUUUUGGAAACGAGAGGGGGAGGCUGCGAAUGAGCAGACCAACAGUUCGUGA